AGCCAGGGGCAUUUUGGACAUCUUCAGAAUCUUUCAAGCCACCUACAUUCAAGCUGUCGGGCUAAUUCCCAUAAUGACGACGCCAAAUUUAAGAUCUGACGGAGAUUUCACAUUAACGAUAUGGCCAAAGAGAACAACUCCUCCGCUAUGGAUGUGGACAACCAGAAUUCGGAAUCCGUUGAUCAGAUUAAUAGCCCUAGGUUCUCUAUCAAUGUUUUGCAGCUCUUGAAAUCGGCUCAGAUGCAGCAUGGAAUGCGGUUUGGCGAUUACGCUCGUUACCGGAGGUACUGUACUGCUCGGCUCAGGAGAUUGUACAAGUCGUUGAAAUUCACGCAUGGCCGUGGUAAAUAUAGUAAAAGGGCGAUUACAGCUUCUAUGGUCACUGAAGUGAGCAGAAAGAGCUUGGAGCCAUGCUAUGGAAAAGAAAACGCUGCCAGAUGGUCCAAAUGCACGUCAGCGUGGCUAUCUGAUUGGUAGGCUGCGAAAAGCAGUUAAAUGGACUACUUUGUUUCAAGACUUGUGUUCCAUUAAGGGAGAUUCUAGGACAUCUUUGGA